AUGACUUCAGUGACAGUCACGGAUCAGAAGAAUUUGACUAGCUUCAAAACACAACCAAAGCAUCUGAUGUCUCUGAACGCGCUCUUCAGGGUAAUAAUGUCCUUGAGUGUACAGGACGUGUAUUCGGACCGGAGCAUUUUGCUGACUGGAUCGACGGGAUUUUUGGGGAAGGUUCUAGUCGAGAAAAUUCUUUGGGCUGUACCUAAUGUUCGCCAAGUCUUCCUUCUUAUCCGCCCUGCGAAAGGACUGUCACCAAGGGAAAGGCUAGAAAAAGUUUUGAAGGAUCCUUUAUUUGACCGGAUUCGCGAAAAUAAACCACAAGUGCUCAAUAAACUUGUGCCUAUAUCUGGAGAUAUUAUGGAGGAUAAUCUGGGCCUCAACCAACAUGACAUGCAAAGCAUUUGUGAUGAGGUUAGCAUUGUUAUCCACAGCGCUGCUACGGUAAAAUUUGACGAGAAACUCAGGGAUGCGGUUGAGAUGAACAUGGUAGGAACGAUGCGACUUGUAGCACUAUGCCACAAAACCAAGAAUCUUGUGGCACUUGUACAUAUUUCAACAGCAUAUGCGAAUUGCGACAGAGCAGAAACUGAAGAAAAGGUCUAUACGCCACCCAUAGCGCCGCAAAAAUUACUUGAAGCCGUCCAGUGGAUGGAUAACGACAUGAUCACCAUGAUAACUCCCAAAUUGUUGGGGAAACGACCAAACACCUAUACUCUCACGAAGGCCCUUGCUGAGAGUCAACUGGUCGAGGAUGCUAAGCAACUCCCAGUGAUUAUCAUCCGACCAUCCAUUGUUGGAGCGAUUUGGAGGGAUCCCCUACCAGGUUGGACCGAUAACAUCAAUGGCCCCUCUGGCAUAUUUGCAGCGGUAGGCAAAGGAGUUUUGACAGACAUGUGUGGCAGCGCACAGUCAAAGGCAGACAUCAUCCCCGUUGAUGUUGUAGCUAACAUGAUCAUCGUUGCAGCCGCUCACAGAGCCACAACAGCCUACGACACUGUUCCUGUGAUGCACUGUGCAUCUGGAGACUUGAAUCCCUUGAAGUGGGGAAAGGUCGUCAAUUUCCUAGAACAAUUUUAUAAUAAGUAUCCUAUGCAAGAAUGCCUUGCUAUCCCAUCCACUACAUUCCAUACGAGUCGGAAGACGUUCGAGUUCAAUUACUACGUGAAGCACCAUAUACCUGCAAAGACCAUAGAUUUUAUUAGCGGCUUAAUUGGAAGAAAGUCAAACAACGUUCGACUCUACGCAAGGGUAUGGAGAAUGGUUGAGGCACUGCACUAUUUUACGACACGUGGCUGGUCGUUUCAGUCAAAAAACUUGCCAAUGCUCUGGGAUACGCUGAGCUAUGAUGACCAGCAGCUAUUCAAUUUUGAUAUUCGACAACUGGACUGGGACUCGUAUUUGUUUGAUUACACUAUGGGAGUGAAGAGAUAUGUUCUCAAAGACGAUUUAAACAAGAUAGAGGAGGCUAGAGCAAAGUUAUUACGAAUGCGUUUGAUGCGAACGCUUCUGACGGCUGGCUUCUGGUACGCAGUCGUUCAGUACUUUGGUUCCAGUCAAAAAAAGCACAGAAAAUGGACAGCAUGGUUAAUAUCAUUCGCAACAUCACAUUUCCUAAUGAAUUACAACUUCCGUCCGAAGAUUCCGAUGAAAUCACUUGAGGAGUACAAAAGAACAACAUAUUGUAAAUGAGAUGUUGCUGCCCCGUGGAAAACCGAUAAUAAUUCCGCAGCAGUGCUGAUAAAUAAUUUGUUUUAUUUUCAUUAUACCAUGGAUUCUAUGCUUUAACCUCAGAUCCUUUCAUUGUCAUUUCGCUGCUUAGUUACUGAUAAUGUUCUUGGAAUUUGUGCUUACUCUUUACUCGCUCUCAUCUUUUUUGCGUGUGGAAGCCGUCCAGUUGUAUCAUAAUUACUUUAUGUACAUUUCAGUAACAGACUUCAAUUUGGAGACUACUAGUAUAUUCCUAUGACAUUUUAUAAUGAAGCGAC